AUGAAAUUUAUCAUUUAUAUAUUUUAUAUAUAUACUUCUUUAUUAUUUUCUUUAUCUCAAUUACAAAAUCAGAGUCAACCAUAUCCUUAUUCUUAUUAUUAUUUAAGAUUAUUUAUUUUAAUACCAAAUGAUAAUUGUUUCUCAUCUAAUGGAUUAUUUAAUUUUACCGCCAGUAUUCAAGAUACAAUGAAUUUAAAUAUACAUCCAAUAAUAAAUAAUUGGGCAUUUAAUAAUAGUAAUAAUCAUAUUGAACAAUAUAUUAUACCAUUAUCUGAUUGUAUAUUAACUAAUAAUACCUAUAUGAAUAUGUUAACAUUAUAUAGAAAUGCUCAACAAUAUACUCAAAUGAUAAAACUAAAUCAAAUUGAUUAUAAUGUCAUUAUAGGUCCAUAUCAUCCUAAUUUAUGUUAUCAAAUGAAUCAAUUAAUUAUGUUACCAAUAAAUGAUUGUUUUAAAUCAUUGAAAACAUUCUUAUAUCAUACAAGUUUUCAAUGUCCAUUAAGUAGAAGUAUUACAUAUCAAUCAAAUCCAUCAUUAUAUUGUUAUAAUAAUAGUAAUAAUAAUGCAAGUCAAUAUGAAUAUGAUUAUACCAAUAUUGGUAGUUUAUCUAUUGGUGCUAAUAAAUAUCAAAUAUCAAUGGCAUUAAUUAAAAUUUUACACUAUUUAAAUAGAUUCAAUCUAAUAAUUCUAUAUGAAAAUGAUUAUAAUGUGAAUGAUCCAUCACAAUUAUUUGCCAUUGAUUUAGCUUAUCUAUUAAUGAAAGAUAGUAAUAAGAAUAUUAAUGUAAAGGCAAUUUCUGGAUGGAAUAUUGAAAAGAAUAUAUCAAAUAUUAUACAAAUAGGAAAUGUAGAAUAUUCUGCUUGUAUUGUAAUUGCUCAACUUUCAUUCUAUUCUACAUUAUUAAAAUAUAUUUAUCAAUGGAAUCCGAAUAUAUUAAAAACAAUUAUGUUCAUUGCUUAUGAUAUGACAUUAUUCUCAUAUGAUAUACUUAAAGUAUGGAGAAAUACUAUACAAAAUAUUGAUCAUGAAUAUUUAACAAUGAUAAAUUCUGCAUUUGUUUUAACAUCUCAUCCAUAUGGUUCGAAAUUACAUUUAACUGAUGAAUAUUUAAAUCAGAAAGAUUAUUUAGCAAUGAAAUUAACAUUGGGCAUGACAAUAUGCAAUUUUAAACAUCAUAUACAACAAAAAGAACGGGAACAACAAUUAUCACAAUUACAAGGAAAUAAUGGUUUCUAUGCAUCAUUAAAGAAUACAACAUUGAAAAUUCCAAUAAAAUCUGAUUUAAGUUUAGCUAUAACAUUUCAUGAACAUCCAGAACAAAAUCAAGCUGCAUUAGAUUUUUAUUUAAUUAAUGCAUAUACAUGUAAUGUUGAUAUUUCGAAUUUAUCAAUGAAUACUACUAAUACUACAACUAACAAUAUUAAUAAUGAUACUGUAUGUUUAGAGAUAUAUUCAUCAAUGAUUUGGCCAGAUUACAAUGUUAGUAGUAUGGUAUUAAGAAGUGAUUGGCAAUUAAAUGCUACAUUACAACAAACUACAACUAUUACAGAAUGUAUUCCAAAUAAUGGAAUAGUUAUGGCUCUUAUAUUCAUGUCUGUAUUAACAGCUACAAUAGCAUUUUCAUUAGUUGCUUUCUUGUUAGCAAGAUGUUAUCGACGACGGAAAAUGUAUCGUGAAGGACCUAAUAAACUAAUUCUUUAUCCAGAUGAUAUUGUAUUCAUAAAAACUCAAAAAACAGUUAAACAUACUACACCAAGUAAUGUUGAUCUACGUUUUCCAACAAUGACUAGUGAAACAAAACUUAAUGGAUCAACAACCAGUCAUAUAAAUCAAGGUAAAAUAGACAAUCAAGCAAGAUCAUUGGUGUCAGUUAUGAGUGGUGAUGGAAUUGAAGAUACAAAUGUUGCAAGUUAUAGUAAUAGUUUAAUUUAUAUAAAACGUUUAGAAUUGAGUAAUGCUGCAUUAAAGAGUAAAUUUUUAGAUCAUGUACGUUUGUUAAGAGAGAUACGUAAUGAAAAUGUCAAUCCAUUGAUUGGUUGUUAUGUUGAUAUUAGUGCAUUAUGCCUGGUAUUUGAUCAUUGUACAAGAGGAAGUUUAAAAGAUAUAAUCAAGAAAGAGUCCAUAAAUUUAGAUUGGGAAUUUAAACUUUCCUUAAUAACGGAUGUCGUCAAAGGUAUGAGAUAUAUUCAUUCGUCUCCAAUUAAAAAACAUGGUUGGCUUAAAUCUACAAAUUGUUGUGUAGAUGGUCGAUGGGUUGUAAAAAUAACCGAUUAUGGAUUAACAGAAAUCUUCGGUAUUUAUGGUACUAAAAGAAAGAUGAAAGAUGAAGAAUGGUUAUGGACAGCACCAGAACAUUUAAGAGAAGAAACAAAUAUUUAUAGUGGCAGCCAGAAAGGUGAUGUUUAUUCAUUUUCUAUUGUGAUGCAAGAAAUUAUUACACGGGAUGAACCUUAUGGAAUGCUUGGAUUAAGUGCAUCAGAAAUAUUGAGUAAAGUUCGUAAACCCCCACCACUGUGUCGACCAAAAGUUUCACAGUCUGAAGCUCCCCCAGCUUAUUUAGAAUUUAUGAAACGUGCAUGGGCAGAAAGUCCUGUAAUGAGACCAACAUUUGAAGAAAUCUAUCAACAACUUAGACAACUUAAUCAAGGAAAAAAACUCAACAUCGUAGAUCAUAUGUUCAAGAUGAUGGAAAAGUAUUCAGCUGACUUAGAAGAUCAAGUACGUGUUCGUACAGAAGAAUUGGAAACUGAAAAGAAAAAGACUGAGUUACUAAUAGCAAGGAUGCUUCCUCCUGUCGUAGCGGAAACUUUAAUGUCUGGUAAACCCGUUUGUCCUGAAGCAUUUGAUGAAGUGACAAUCUAUUUCAGUGAUAUUGUUGGUUUUACAACAAUAUCUGCAUUGUCUACACCAUUUCAAGUUGUUGAUUUGUUAAACGACCUUUAUACAAUGUUUGAUUCAACAAUUGACUUUUAUGAUGUAUAUAAAGUAAGUGUUUUUGAACGAUUUAUGAAUGUGAUUUGUAAAUAUUGUAUAUCAUUACUAUGUUAA